AUGCUGACCCGUUAUCACGCCCAUCACAAUAUUCCACCAAACCAGUGUACCGCGACCCUGGUCCAGACCGUGGACGCACCAUUGCCUUUAGUGUGGUCCAUGGUUCGAUGCUUCAGUAAACCACAGACUUACAAGCUGUUUAUAACCAGUUGCACCAUUCGCGAGGGUGAUGGUGGAACCGGAAGUGUUCGUGAGAUCAAGGUCCAGUCUGACUUACCGGCCACAAGAAGCACGGAGAGGCUCGAUUUUCUCGACGAUGACAUGCGUGUAAUGAAGUUUAGCAUCAUCUGUGGCGAUCACAGACUUGUGAAUUAUCAAUCCAGGGUAUCCGUGCACGAAGAGGAAGGUGGUAAGACGGUGGUUAUGGAAUCGUACGUGGUGGAUAUUCCGCCGGGUAACACUAAGAAAGAAAGAUGCUGGUUUACUAGUAGUAUAAUUGGGUGGAAUCUCAACACUUUGGCGGCAGUUGCAACGAAAAGUUGCAUAGCUUCAAAUUAGCUAUAUACGGGUUUAGAAUCUAUUGUGGAAGAUUGGGUUCUGUUUUAAAUUUUUGUAGUGUUUUUUUUUUCUCUGUAGCGAGACUAUUUGCUUGUAUUUGUAUGGACUUGAAAUCUCAAACUUUUCAAAGAUAUGGAAGCAGUAUUACGUUAAUUAGGAUUUGGGUUUCGUUUAAUUAUUUAAUAUAUGGAAAAUCAUGUUGUUGAUUUUGAGAGAAAACAACUCUCUCCAAAAAAAAAAAAAAAAAAAAAACUUGAAUCCAAUGAUUAAUGCCAAUUAUAUAUGAAAUCAUUUAGGUGGUUGUUUUUUAUUUAACAAGAAAGCACCAUCUAA